UCUAUGCCUAUCAAACGUCAUUCAUUUUCCAUGCGUUCAAAAUCGAUGAGCCUGAUUUGACUCGACCUUCGAACGGUGCCAUUUAUCGGUCAAGAGGCGUAUGUCAAAAUGAAUCACAUGACUGUCCACGUCCGUAGGCUUAAUGAGGUCAUUAGUGGAUGCAGAGGUGCACAACACGACGCGCAUCGUUAGACGUUCACACGAGCGGCGUGUUCGGGAGAGUGACGAUAAGUGUAUCAUUCAAUCGCGAUCCUCGAUCGCAGUGAUGAAUAAUCGGUGAUAAACAAAGGCUCGUCGCCUUGUUUCUUGGGAAGUAAACAUUAUGACAAUGCGUCGUAUCGCGGUCUUUAUCUCGAAACGUUCCACGAAAUGACCCGGCUGUAUGUACAUUGACUCGCAAAGUAAAUUCCAGCGGAAUAUAUUAAUUAUCGUUCGUAAUCGUCGUUGAACAACGCGUGGUCAACAGGUCGAAAGAAGUCACCCUAUUCAUGCUCGAUCUCUCGCGAAAUUGGAACCCGAAGCGAGAAGAAUGGAAAACGAUUAUACGGAGAUAAUUCGGAGGCUUCCUCUCUCCCUGAGGUUAGCUUACGGCACUGGCCAUGUGUUGAAUGACAUCUGUGCUUCUAUGUGGUUCACGUAUCUGCUGGUAUUUUUUCACCUUGUGCUCGGAUUUGACCCAACUCUGUGCGGCGUUGUGCUGCUUAUCGGUCAGAUUGCGGAUGCCAUGGUUACUCCCUUCGUCGGUUUACAUUCCGACAGAAAUGAUAACUUCUGGCUGUGCAAAUAUGGCAGGAGGAAAACCUGGCACUUACUAGGCACUGUUUGCGUAAUACUAGCCUUCCCAUUUAUAUUCUCGCCUUGUGUUGGCUGUGAAAAUGCACAUCAAUGGGCACAGUUGGUUUACUAUGCAGCUUUUGUAGUAAUUUUUCAAUUUGGCUGGGCAGCGGUACAAAUAUCCCACUUGUCCUUAGUUCCAGAGCUUACUCCCACUGACCACGAAAGGACUCAACUUAUAGCUAUAAGAUAUACAUUUACUGUCUUCUCCAAUGUACUUGUUUACUGUAUCAUGUGGGGUGUGCUGCACAUAACAAGUGAUCAGACAGAUGCUCAAAUUGGACCUGGUGAUGUUUACAAAUUUCAAAAAGUUGUUCUUAUUGGAUUAGGAAUUGGGCUCGUAACAUCCCUUAUAUUUCACGUUUUUCUUAAAGAAGGAGCUAAUGGUAAUGGCGAUUCUAAUGAUGUACUUCGUAGAAACACCAGAACAGCUUCAGUAUUAUUGAGAGAUAGCAAAUUGUAUCAAGUAGCUUGCGUCUACAUGCCCACACGACUGUACAUCAAUUUAUGCCAAGUUUAUAUUCCUAUGUACUUACACGUGUCGCUAAAUAUGCCUGCGGCUUCUCUGGCUUACAUACCGUUGGCGAUGUUUCUGAGUAGCUUCCUGAUAUCCUUAAUUAUAGAGAGGCUCAAUACGAAAUUAGGCCGAAAAGUUGCGUAUUCUAUCGGUGCUUUGAUCGCGAUAUGUGCUAGCGUAUGGAUACAAUUCGGCAACGGCGACAUGUACAUAAAAUAUGAGAUAUAUCCUGUGGCUGUGAUGUUAGGUUCCGCAGGUUCGAUCAUGCUAGUGACGAGUCUCGGUGUCUGCGCGGACCUAAUAGGACAAAAUACUGAGAGUGGUGCUUUCGUGUACGGAGUUAUGAGCUUUAUGGAUAAACUGAGCAACGGCUUUGCGGUUAUGCUCAUUCAGUAUCUAGUAAAACGAUGCUCGACCAGUUGCAGUAAUUAUUACAGAGAUAUUCUCACGUACGUUUGCGGUGGAUCCGCGAUAUUCGGUUUGUUGAUGAUCCUAUAUAUGAAAUCGUUUUCUCGUGAUGUAGCUUACAAUACGUUACAUCGCAGCGAGAACGAGGAUCGGCAGCAGUCUAUAGAGAACUUGGCGAACGAGGGCGCUGAAGUAUCCUACCCGGGACACGCACACGUUACAUAAUACAUAUUUAAUAUAUAAUUUAUGAAAAUUUUAGCACAAAAUGCGGACCGAUAAAGACAUCGAUAUUUAAUAAGAACAGAAUAAGCAACAUACGUUGCUAUAUGUAUUAACAAGGUACUAUCUUUUUUAUACUUUAGAGAUCUCUAUUGUUGAUAUUAUUGUUGAUAUGAAUGUUGAUAUUAAUGUUGAUAUUAAUGUUGAUAUUAAUGUAAAAUGCGCUACAAUUUAUACAUUUAUUUUAUCAGCAUACUUUAACGCAAAGUGUAGACAAUUCUUUUAUAUACCUCACACAUGUGAUUGUGUGAUACAUCUUAAAAUUACAGUACGAAAAAUAAAAAGCGAUAUACUCGAA